UUAUAUUAGUGCAGAACACUGUACCUUUAAUUUAAAUGCCCUUGGAGUCUGCUGGGGAAGAGAAAUAAUACUGUCAGUCAGUUUGACAUGCAGAUGAGUGCCGUCGAUCUUAGAAUCACCGCACACUUCACUCAUUUGGGCAGUCACGGGGCCAAAAACCAGAGUGUGGAGCCACAGUGUGGCGGUGGAGGCAGCAGCAAUGGGAGGCCAUACAGCACCCUAUUGGAACCCACCAGCAGUGUGAGGAGACCUGAAAGUGGCACAUGGCAGAGUGUGGCGAUGGAGACAGCAGCAAUGGGAGGCCGUACAGGGACCCAUGACACACUCUGGACCUGGCCAGCUGAGGAGGCGGUACAGGGGCCAAUGGCAGAGUUACGUAAGCAGCAUAAAUUGAAGGCCAUACAGAAGCCUAUGGCAGAGUUGUCGCUGGAGAAAUGGGAUGAGCCGCUAGAACCAUGACACACUCUCCUGGACCUGGCUCCAGCAGCUUGAGAGACGAGUA